UUACGUGUCAUUUCACGCAAUUUCUCGCUUCUGACGUCACGACUUCAAUAUGGCCGCGGCGAGUACUCAGGAGUCUUAAUGAGUUAUGAAUCGACGAAAACGAAGAACGCCUAAAAUUGAAGGUUACGUAGAACGUAUUAUCCCAUCUCUCACUGCUAUGGAAUUCAAGAGUCAUUUCAGGUAAAGUCAUAAUUUUAAUUUAUUUUUUCUCGCGUAGCAGAAACAAAGAAAGUUAAUGAUAAUAAUUCCUUUUUAUUGUCAAUUGAUAUAUCAUGUUUAAACACGUAUGAACACAAAUACGGCCCCAAACAAACUAUUGAUGAAGCCAACAGCGGUUUGAGCGCGAAUCGAAAUGCGGCUCAAGUUGUAAUUUCCCGCCAAAUAUUGAAACGUUCCAGCUAACCCAUCUCCUGAGGUGAGGCAGUUAGAGCGAAUCGAGAGCGAAAACGAUGACGUAUUGAUGACGUAAUAAGAGCUAUUUGGAGCGUUCCGAAGCGUCAAAUGGACCAGCCUUAUUAAUGCUACGAAGGCUCUGUAGCGUUUGAAGCGCUAAAGCCUGUUCUACAAUAGCAGUAAACACAAGACGUAAGGUUGUAAGCCACAGUUGUAAAGAGCUCGUUUCCGGUUUUGAAGGACAUAACCAAGGUCGUAAGCGAAAUGAAUUAUUUUCAUUUCAUACGCACUACGGUCUUAUGUUAACCAAUCAGCAGCAUAUGAAAAGUGCACUUAUUUAAAUCAGUGUUGGUAGUAUAAACUUAACGUACAGGACCAAGAAAUACUUUCUUUUUUAUUCAAAAAGAGGAAAAGAAAUUAUGGAAGAAGAAAUUAUAGAAGAAUUUGAUGAGAACGAUGAACUGGAUGAUCAAGAACUCAUUACCAUAGUUAAGGCGAAUCCUUUUUUGUAUGACAAGUCAGACAAAUUAUAUAGUAACAGUGAGGUAAAGAGGUUAGCUUGGGCUACUGUUGGGGAAGGAUUAUCCAAAAAAAAGACUGGUACCGAUGCCGAACAUAGAUUUUGGCAGUUACGACAACGGUUUGGAAGAGAAAGGAAAAAAGUAAUCCAAUCCCGUGGUCGCUCAGGCGCUGGAGCUAACGAACAGACAUACACGCCUCAUUGGAAUCUAUAUACUGAGUUGAUGUUUCUAGCUGAUGUGAUAAAACAUCGAAAGCAAGUAUCAACAUCUUUCUUUCUGUGGUCAAUUAUACUCAAUCAUAAAUUUAUUUAUUUUUAUUUUGUGUUGUUUAGAACUACGUCAAACUAUAAAAGAAAAACAACAUACGAAACUACAUCACAAACGAACAUCCCGUCAAGUUUAUUACAAGUGAACAUCCCGUCCAAAUUAUCAGAAGUGAACACUCCUUCAACUUACAUGUUAAAUUCCCCAUUGACUUUGAGUUUAUCGAGUGAAAAAGUGCCAUAUAUUUCAUGUAUCGACAAAUCUUCAGAUAUAUCUGAGGAUUAUUCUAUUCCACAACAAUCUUAUUCUGAAAGUGCUGUAAUAUUGCCGCCAGAAACUAACAAUAACAUAGAGUUACCUGCAAAGCAAAUGCAGCAAGUGAAAGCAAAUACUUAUAAAAAAUGUGUUCCAGAGCCAGAUUUGUUUGCUAAACGAAGAAAGUUGAAUGCAGAUACUUUUAAUAAAUCACUAUUAGAUCAAUCAAAAGAUUUAAAUGUUUUAGCACAAAAAGUAGGAGAUGCAAUCUCAACGUGUGGUUCACAACCUACAUCUCAUACUACAGAUUUUCAAAAUAUAUUUUCUCUUGAAAUUAAGAGUAUGUUAAGUUCCAUAGGUUUUACUUUGCAAAAAGUACCUGAAUCUAAACAAUUGGAUUGCAUGAUUGCUAUCAUGCAAUUGCUAAAACAAUAUAUUGAUAAGUAAAAGUUGAGACUUUUUAUAUAAGUUGUUUGAACAAAGAUCUCAUUAAAAAAUGUUUUAUUUUAACGCAAGUUAACAAGUCAGUUUUUUUAAUAAAAAUAAAUUUGCUUUUUAUAUAUUAUUUUCAAAGAUCUUGAAAUGGAGAAUUCAAUAAUUUUAGUUUAUCUAUUAAAAGUUUGUAGUAUUAUUUUUUUAAUAUUUUUUAAAUAUUCUUCUUUUGAAAGUAAAUAUACGUAUAAAGCAUUAUUAACUAAUAGACACUAGAAUCAAAAUAAAAUUUUGUUUUAAAAUAAUUACCGUUUUUUUCUAUCAAAAUUAAUUUUGUGAUAAAAUAAUUCAUGUUCCUAAAUAAAUGUUUAUUUAACAUAGC